CAUAAUAUUGCGAAUUCAGCAACUGAAUAAUCAAGUUAAAUUACCAAAAUGCAGGCUACAAAGUAUCUUUUCCUGAUUGCCGCCUUCUUGUACUGCCUAGGUGGCGCUCUGGCUGUGACCUGUGAUGAGGAUCCCACGGAUACCGCCUGCAUUGACUGCACCACCGAUCCCGACAACGCAGAAUGUGCCACCACGACAACGACAACGACAACGACCACAACAACGACAACCACCACACUGGCACCUGCGACGACGGCUGCCCCAACAGCCGCCCCACAAACCACCAAGAAAACGAGAAACGUGAAGAAAGUCACCAUUAAGAAUCUUACAUACAAAGUCACUCGGAAAAUCAAGGUCACCAAUAAGUCUGGUUGAACGAAAAUUCAUCUGAAAAGAUAGUCCUAUACAGCCAAAAUAAAUAAAAAAACUAAUUGAAUAUA